AUGAAAAGAUCCACUGUGAAUAAUCAUAAACGAACCAAAUCAUCUUCGGGAGGAGCUGCUAAUAAUUACUCGACUCGAUUACCAUUGGCUGCUCUAUUGCUGCCUGUCCAUCCAAGUACCUAUGCUGCCAACUGUCAUCCAAAUGUGUCAAGUUCUGUUUCUUCCUUUGUUGUGAGCAAGAAUUGGAUGACCACUGGCAAAUCUUCAUCAACUUUAGAUAGCUCUCCACACGAGGAUGGAUCAGAGACCUCUCCUCCUCCAUCGCCACAGUCCCCUUGGACGUCUUCCGAACAACUGUCAAAUGCCACACGAAUGUCUCCUUCCAACACUAGUAGUUCACUUCAUAGGGAAUCAUUGGAAAAGAAAUGGAGUAGAAAAGUACAGAGAAGACCUUCCAAUGUAUCACACAACUCGGCAAAAUCAUCAAACACCCAUGCUUCGACAAACUAUGAAAAGUCAGCUGUCAGUGUUCAAAGCACUGCAAACGCAAAUAUAUCCACUGUGCUUUCAUCCAUAGCCACGGCAUCAUCCUCAACGAACAACACACUCUCAGUGGAUGACACCUCGUCAGUUUCGAGUAGAUCGAGUAGUGACUCGUUGAACACGACAAAAGCUCAAGUGUCAAAUGACAACUUGUCAAAAUCGACAGUUCCCCAAUCAGAAAUCUUUGGAUCUGUAGAAGCUCUUCGAUCGAAAUAUUUGGACUACAUCAAAAUGUGUGGAAUGCAAACAGAAAAUUCACAAGAUCAACAAUUAAGAAUGGACAUGGACAUGGAAUUUGAAGUGAAAUUACUCUUUUUAGAUUACGUCUACGAUGGAGUAUCAAGAAAGAUUCACAAACAUUUCAAAGACAUUCCUUCCAUCAUGAACAUGUUAGAAACUUAUUGUCAUCACUUGGUCUAUACGUUUGACGGCUGGCAUUUUCAACAAGAUGAUUUUCCAAGCACUAACCAUGACAUGAACCCUCCACCCAACUAUCCUUAUUUGAAAUACAUGGUCGAACAUGUUCUCUUCAAACAGAAAUGGUUUUCACAUCAACGAUUUUCCAAAUUCCUUCAAGUCUGUUUUGAAAAUUCUCUUUCAAAUCAAUUUCCAUCUUUGCGAAAUCAUGAAAUGUCCACCGAAGAUUCACUGAAUACUACAAACACUUGUUCAUCGAGUCCAAUGCUAUCAAACUCAUCCAUUCACUCACCCAUGAUGACUUUACUACCAACGAAACCACCAAAUAUUUCAAAUGCAGAACCCAUUGGAAUUUUGGAUGAAAUUCAAAUGCUGUGUGAAAUGUUCUAUUAUGAACUCGAAGAUUAUUUUGUUCUGUUCCAACAAAAAUAUCAAUCCUAUGUGGACGAAUGGAUAGAGAUUGGUCUCAAGAAGAAUCUCAUUCCUUCACACGUGAUUGAAGCGUUUCGUGACAAGUUACAAUUCGAUGAAACAAUGCAAUCUCAAUUUUCGGUAAAUGCUCAAGAUUUUGUCUCACCGUAUGUGAUUGAUCGCGAUUUCAAGUUUUUGAAAUAUCUUGCCAAAGAGUAUUCUGCAGAUUGGAAUUGUUCAUAUAAGGAAAUUCCAAAUCGAUUAUUCCAUUGGUCGACCAAGAAAGAUUAUUCCUCUGAUCCUUCACUAAAAUUGAGAAAUUGCAAAUUAGUUGGAUAUUUGGAUGAGAGUAUUGAAAAUGUUGUGAAAAGUUUUUGCCAUGACGAUCACAUGUCGUUCACUUUGAAUGACAUGGAAUUUCAUGAUUAUUCUCCCAUUCAUCCAACCAAGUCCACUCAGAAAUAUCCCUAUGCAACCGUGUCAGGACAUUUUAAUACCAAUUCGAUCCUAACCAAGAGAAGGGUUGAAGUCGUGGUUUCAUGUACAUCCACAUUUGUAGGUCAAGAAUUAGUCGAACAUUUAUUCUUGUACAAGUCUUGUCAAAUUCCAUCUUUGGAAAACAAAGUUUCCAAGAAUGAUAUUCGAACUCGAUUCAUGGGGUUGAGAUUAAUUUCCAAAAUUGAUGAAAACACCACUCGUUAUGUGGAGAUGAGAGUUGGAAAUUUGGGAGGAAUUCUCAAUUCCAAUUUAGUCAUGAAUUCCUCAGUCGUAAAUAAGAAGAUGGUUCAAGUAUUGAGCAGCGGACUCAAAAAUUUCAUUGAACGAAAGAAGGAACAGGGUUUUCCAUUUCCAAAUCCGGAAAAAGAAAAUAUUGCUCGCGUGUGGAUGGAAUAUUGUCAACAAUAUUGUGGUCUGAAUGUUGAGGAAAUGUACAACAACAAGUGA